AUGUCAACAUUUAAUGAGACAAGCGCUGGUGCAGAAAGUGGGGGGCUCUUGGUGAUGGAAGAGAGCCAGGUUUCGCAGGGAGACUUGGUAUUACAAGACGCUGACUUUCCUGAUGGCUACGUUCACAUGGCUCACCCUGACGACUACAAGCCUAUCGAGAGUCCGUUACCAAAAACGUGCCUGUUGCACCAGAAGAUUGGGCACUGGCGACUCAUCUUGCGCAUUUCUUUCCUCUUGGCGAAUGGGAAGUAUCUUCCCAUAAGCUUUAUAUGUGAUACUGGUGUACCAUACGAUUUUUACUUUUCCGAACUUGCUGUUGAAAAGCUCACGGCUGGUGGGCGUGUGAAAGAAGAUGACAUUGGAAAUGCCUAUCUCGACAAUAUUGUUGGACGGAAGGCUGCUGUCCGUGAAACGCCUUACACCCACAAACCUGGAAACAUACUGGGGCUAAGAAUGAUGCUGAAAUUAGGAUGCAAGUUGACCGAGAGCGGAUUUGAAUUCACUGAAUCCUUUGAGUACUUUUAA